UGGUUCUAUUGCAUCUUGUUACUGGACACGUAUAGUCUGAAGUCUGUGCUCUGUAUUUCUUCGAAUCUAUAUUUCGUAAUAGCUAAUUUAUAGUUAAUAAGAAUGUCUUCCAAACCUGCAUUUAUAGUCGCUGAUUUGUCGUUGGCGGAAUGGGGCCGAAAAGAAAUUACUUUGGCGGAGCACGAGAUGCCGGGUCUCAUGGCCAUCAGAAAGAAGUACGGCCCUGAGAAAAUCUUAAAAGGUGCUCGAAUUGCCGGCUGCUUACACAUGACAGUACAAACUGCGGUUCUAAUUGAAACUCUCGUCGAACUUGGAGCUGAGGUUCAAUGGUCGUCGUGUAACAUAUUCAGCACACAAGACCAUGCAGCGGCAGCUAUCGCAAAAACGGGUGUUCCCGUCUACGCUUGGAAAGGUGAAAACGACGAUGAGUACCUCUGGUGCAUAGAACAAACCCUCGUAUUUAAAGAUGGAAAACCAUUGAAUAUGAUCCUCGAUGAUGGGGGUGAUCUGACUAACUUGGUUCACACCAAGUUCCCACAAUAUCUGGAGGAAUGCCGCGGUAUUUCCGAGGAAACCACAACGGGUGUACACAAUCUCUACCGCAUGAUGAAAAAUGGCACCUUGAAAGUUCCUGCAAUAAAUGUAAACGAUUCAGUAACAAAGAGUAAGUUCGACAAUUUAUAUGGAUGUAGAGAGUCGUUGAUCGAUGGUAUUAAACGAGCGACGGAUGUCAUGAUCGCUGGGAAAGUCUGCGUAGUCGCUGGAUACGGAGAUGUUGGAAAGGGCUGUGCUCAGAGUCUUAGAGCAUUCGGUGGACGUGUAAUAAUUACAGAGAUUGACCCCAUUAAUGCUUUGCAAGCUGUCAUGGAAGGAUACGAGGUGACUACAAUGGACGAAGCGUCGACCAAAGGACAAAUUUAUGUUACUACCACUGGCUGCAAAGAUAUUAUAAUGGGACACCACUUUGUAAAUAUGCCAGAGAAUGCUAUAGUCUGUAAUAUCGGUCAUUUCGACUGUGAAAUUGACGUCACGUGGCUUGAGAAAAACUCUGUUGGAAAAGUGAACAUUAAACCCCAAGUAGACAGAUAUGAAUUGCAGAACGGCAGACAUAUUAUUCUCCUCGCAGAAGGUCGGUUAGUUAACCUUGGAUGCGCUACAGGACAUUCUAGUUUCGUGAUGAGCAACUCGUUCACGAAUCAAGUGUUAGCACAAAUAGAAUUGUGGACCAAAUCCAGUGCUUAUCCAGUCGGUGUACACAUGUUACCAAAGAAGUUGGACGAAGAAGUCGCUGCGUUGCAUUUGAAUCGCCUUGGCGUGAAGUUGACUAAAUUGACGGAAGAACAAGCGAAAUAUCUUGAUGUACCUAUAGAAGGACCUUAUAAGCCUGAUCAUUAUCGAUAUUAGUUACUAUUUCAAUCCAGGGGCUCUUGUGUACUUGCUUUUCUAUGACGAACUCAAUAAAAACGCUACAGAUAUA